CCGCGCUGCCCGGAGCCCCGCGCUCCGGAAGUGAAGCAGCCAGAUCACCGGCUAAUGGAAGCGGAGCGGAGGGCCCGCUGACCGCUCUCGGCUCCCGGGUCGCCUUGCAGGGAGAGAUUGCCUUUGGAGGAAGAAGCCACCCAGAGUAUCCUAACCUCAGGAAAGCAGUUACUACGUACACCGUGAAGAUAUUUCUUCCUGGGCACUGGAUGCCUUUUUAUAUCUCAUGUGUCCUUGAAGUACCACAGUGAAGAGGAAGUCACCCUCAUACAUUAGCAGGGCCUCGAGAAGUCACUGGACUCAGAUCCCUGGGGUUGCUGGGCCAGGACCGCUUGGCUUGGCUGGAGCUAAGAAGGACCCAGACAUGAACAUUGUGUAGAGUUGGGUGACAUCUACCUGUGCUAGAAGCUGAAUAAACAAGCUUCGUGACUCUCACAGAACAUUCUGGAAUGUAAAAACAGGAGUCCAGGCCCUCUGCUGUGCGACGUCCCUCCAGGAGUCCUGGGUGCCGUGUGGAGGCGUUUCCACACUGACUAGAGAGAGGUGAGGCCUCAGAGACCCGGAGAGUGUGAAGCAGCUCUUGCACGUGCCUCCGUUGGUCAGAGAAGGGUCAACACCACCACAGUCUGCUAGCAUCUGGAGAGACACCGCAGCCGGGGAACUACAGAGCCACUGACAGUGGCGCUGUCCUGAGACACUAACCACCCAUCUUGGGUCAAGUCUAGAGCUAUAAGGGGAAGUGCUGAGUUCCUGCCACCUCAGCAGGAACUGGGCAAGGAAGGGUUACUGGUCCAGAAGACUUCGGGCUGCUGUUGGAGGGACCUGACCGGAAACCCCUUCCCUGGUGGGUUGUGGGUUCGGGACUUGAUCCAGGAUACUUGAAAUCCUAAGGGAGUGCCUACCUGCACUGCAAAUUCAUUGUGCCCUAGAGUUAGAGCCAAUAGAUACUCGUGAGGAUGGCGCUGGCGCUGUUGGAGGACUGGUGCCGGCUGAUGAGUGUGGAUGAUCAGAAAUCCCUGAUGGUGAUGGGGAUCCCAGUGGAGUGUGAGGAGGCUGAGAUCCAGGAGGUUCUCCAGGAGACGUUAAAGUCUCUGGGCAGGUACCGGCUGCUCGGCAAGAUAUUCAGGAAGCAAGAGAAUGCCAGCGCCGUCUUAUUGGAGCUCCUGGGGGACACUGAUGUCUCGGAGAUCCCCAGUGAGGUUCAGGGGAGGGGGGGCGUCUGGAAAGUGGUCUUUAAGACCCCUAACCAGGACUCUGAAUUUCUUGAAAGGCUGCACCUCUUUCUAGAAAAAGAGGGGCAGACAGUCUCGGGUAUGUUCCGAGCCCUUGGGCAUGAGGGCAUGUCUCCAGCCGCAGUGCCCUGCGUGUCGCCAGAGUUGUUGGCCCAGGUGGUGGGGCAGGCAGUAGCACAUGCCCCGCAGCCCCUGCUGCCCAUGCGAUACCGGAAGCUGCGGGUGUUCUCGGGCAGUACUGUGCCCGCCCCAGAGGAGGAGCCCUUUGAAAUCUGGUUAGAACAGGCCACUGAGAUCGUCAAAGAGUGGCCGGUAGCAGAGGCAGAAAAGAAAAGGUGGCUGAUGGAAAGCCUGCGCGGCCCCGCCCUGGACCUCCUGCGCAUAGUGCAGGCAGACAAUCCUUCUGUGAGUGUGGACGAGUGUCUGGAGGCAUUCAAGCAAGUGUUUGGGAGCCUGGAGAGCCGCCGGACCUCCCAGGUGAGAUACCUGAAGACCUAUCAGGAGGAAGGCGAGAAGAUCUCCGCCUAUGUGCUGCGGCUGGAGACGCUGCUCCGCAAGGCUGUGGAGAAACGCGCCAUCCCCAGGAAUAUCGCAGACCAGGUCCGCCUGGAGCAGGUGCUGGCCGGGGCGAGCCUCAGUGAGACCCUGUGGUGCAGGCUUAGGGAGCUGAAAGACCAGGGGCCGGCCCCCGGCUUCCUUGAGUUAAUGAAGGUGAUCCGGGAAGAGGAGGAGGAAGAGGCCGCUUUUGAAAAUGAGAAUACUGACGAGUCAGAUGAAGGUGAUGGCUAUGGCCACUGGCAUAAGGAGAUUGAUAACUAAAAGCUAAGUCAGAGUGAGCCUGCAGCCCGUGGGCCGGGGGACUUCGCUUUACCAGGCUAAGACCUUUUCCAUGGUCUUUUCUUUAGUGACUGCGAUUAAAACCAAGGCAUUCAAGCCAAGUCUUGAUUCUUUCUGAGAAAAAAAUUAUCUGAGAGUUUCUUGGACCUUAGCAUAGAUUACCAAUAAACAAAAUAUUAAAUUCCAAAUGUGAUAUAGUAACCUAAAGGAAAUGUCACGUUUCCUGUAAAUAUCCCCAAGAGACAAAGUUUGCCCAUACCAUAGAAAGCAGAAUUGACAUGAGAAAAAAGUAUCCUUUGUAACCUACCUGAAAACCUAGGCUUUUUUUACCUGUCGGGUGAUUUUCUUUAUCGAAUCAGCAAAUUCCGUGUCCCUGAAGCAGUGAGAGGCUCUGUUCAAGGAGGUAACAGUCCUAAGGGCACAGCCGUGCUCUCAGAGAGCGACAGGCUCAUCAGGACAGGCCUCCCAUGUGGAAGCUGAACAACCUCAUGUGUAAAUAAGUUCAUGACGCCAGUAGCAGUGCAGUUGCCAAAUGAACACGACCAUCUCCACCCUCAGGAUUCUCUCCUUUCUUGGGAAGCACUCCUCCUACCUCUCUGCCAGGUGUCCAGACACUGUGUUGGGCCCCGAAGACACAACACUCUGCCUGAUCCCUGCUUUCAAGAGGUUCGCAGCGUGAGAGCGCCCUCAGGAAAGGGCGAUGUUGCAGGAGAGCAUGCUGGGGUAGCGAGCAGGCCUCUCUGGCUAGAGAAGAUUUUUAGUGCCGACAGAAGGCAAAGAGGGGAAAGGAGGGCGUGCCAGGUGUUGUGUGCAUGUCGCAGUUAAUGUGUGCAGCAACCCAGUGCUCCGAGAUGGUAAGCCGUCUCCUCCAUAUCAAAUUGCUAACAAGUGGUGGAGCCGAGGCAGGAAUUGAGAACUCUCUGAAGCUCCAUAUUUACAAUGGAUUUCAAA